GCGACAACGAAGUAUUUCGGAGCGGAGUGUUUACUUUCGUUGCCUCUCGUCUUCUGCGGACGGAACUCGGAGGUUAUCUCGCGCGAGAUGGCUUACAACUUCCCCGGGGUUCCGGCAACCGCUAUGCCUCCCAUGGGCAUGGGACCAAUAGGUCCACUGGGCCCCAUAGCCGGACCACAGAGCUUUAUGGAACUGGCCGGUCAAGGUUUCCCACCGCUGCCACCACCGCCCAUACCACUGCCUGGCAUGAACGACUCGCCCUUGGAAUUCAGUACGAAUAAGAAUCAGCCUCCGGUAGUGCGGGAAACGUCAGAUGACAACAGUGACAGGCGAAGCGACAAGAAUGACAACAGAAGGGAUCGAGAGAAUAGAGAUAGCCGUGAUACACGAGACAACAGAAGGUCAAGGGGAGAGCGCAGCGACAGGCGCGACAGAGAUCGGGACAGGCGGGAGGAGAGGAACGAUCGAGAUCGAAGAGACGAUCGAAGAGUUGAAGAGAGAAAUAAUACAAAUUCUUCUAAAAAUAAUAACAAUCAUGCGAACAAUUCUAAUAACAACGAACAAGUUUUGCCAUCGACAAACACGAAUAAUACACCAAACAUAGGUACACAGAUGGAACCUACCGCUGGGGUCUGGGGAAUGGGGGUUGGUUAUCCCAUGAUGGGUAUGGGUCCCAUGGGACCGAUGGCGCCUAUGAUGAGCGAAAUGGCAUUAGGUCCGCACAUGAGUCACACGCACGGCUACAAUCCGAUGGGCAUGGGCAUGAUGUCGCAUGAUGGCAGCAUGAUAGGUGCUCAGAUACUGAACGCAGAGCAGAUCAUGACGGAUGCGGCGCAAAUAAUGACCGCGAGCCUGCCGCCGCCGCCGAUGACGCCUCAGGGUACCAAAGAGAUCAUACAUUGUAAGAGUUGCGUAUUGUUUCCACCAAAUCCAAACGCUCCACCGCCUACUACACGAGAGAGGCCACCGGGAUGUAGAACGAUUUUUGUGGGAGGAUUGCCGGAAAACAUUACCGAAGCUAUAAUACAGGAAAUAUUUGAACGAUGUGGAGAGAUAACUACUUUGCGUCUUUCUAAGAAGAAUUUCUGUCACAUACGAUUUGUCUUGGAAGCUAGUGUCGAUGCUGCGAUCUACUUAUCGGGCUACAGAGUAAGAAUAGGAUCCAGUGGAGAACCUGCAAAUACCGGUAGACUCCAUGUAGAUUUCGCUCAGGCUAGAGACGAUCAAUACGAGUGGGAAUGUAGACAAAGGCAAUUGCAAAGAGAACAACGUCACAGAGAAAGAGUGGAAAAAGAGAGACAAAGACCGCCAUCAAGUCCGCCUCCGGUAGUGCAUUAUACGGACCAUGAGGCAUCGAAUAUCUGCGAAAAAAUUAAACAAGACGACACGUUUAUGAAAGCGGUACAAAUUGUUGUCACAUGGUUAGAACGAGGAGAUUGCGUUAAACGUAACGCCAAUAUUUUCUACUCCAUGAUACAAUCAACGAAUUCUCAUGUGCGACGGCUCUUAUCGGAGAAGGCUGCUUAUGAGGAGGAGCUGCAAAAGGCCAAAGAAUUAAUGAAAGGAAGAAUGCAAGGACUUCUCAUACAAUUCAGUCAGAUCGAACGAGUCUUUACUGCGGCCAGCCACAAGAAGGUCUGGGAUCACUUCACUAAGGCGCAGCGGAAGAACAUCGAAAUGUGGAAGAAACAAUCCUCGGAAAUAAAAGCGAUACAACUGGAAGAUAGCCUAAUUGAAGGCGAGGGUGAAAUGGAUGUGUCAGAUUCAGAAGAAGAGCCUCAACGUAAGAAAACGCGCAAUCAAUUGGAUGGCAAUCAAGAGGACGUCGAAAGACUGCAGAGUCUCAAAGAGGAAAAUGACAGUCUGAGAUGCCAGUUGGAAGCGUACAAGAACGAAGUGGAUCUUUUGAAAUCAGAAACGAAAGCUGAGUUGGAAGCGAAGGAGAAGCAAAUGAAAAUGUUACAGCAAACGUUGAAAGGUAUGCAGGAACAGUUGAUGCAGUCGCGUAAGCAGCAAGCGCAGGAUGAUCAGAAGAUUAAAGAUUUGACCGUCAAGUUGAAUGCCACGAAGAAAGAGGAGCCCAGAGAGAGUGAAAUUAUCACACUCGAUAAAGACGACGAUAUUAGCGAGGAACCACGCACGCCGAAGCAACAUAUUCUCACCGCCAACUUCGUGCAAGUCACUCAGAAAGAUGCCAAACUUAUUGGUCUUAUAGCGACGUUUCUACACAUUCACCCGUUCGGUGCGAGCGUAGAUUAUUUAUGGUCUUAUCUGCAGAAAAUGGAGCCGGGCAUUAAACCAAACGAAGUUGAAGUUUUAAUGCAACGUUUUCCACAGGUCUUCAAACAGGAAUUGUUCGGCAUUGGCGCGAAUAUGGAAAGACGUUGGCAGUUUUCAGGUUUUAACGUUUAUCGUAAUCAUUGAAUCUAGACAACUGAAUGUAAAAAAAAAAAUUAUGAAAGUACA